UAAAGGCAGAUCAGAUCAAAGUCUUCCCUCGUCCACGGAGUCAAUUUUCCUUUGUGUAAAACGCCUAACACGCGCAAAUCACAGAGUAACAUCAAAACGGUUUCAAAGCCGGUUAACGCUUUCGCGUGACAAUGAUGACAUAAUCGAAGAGAUACUCAUACCGAUAUUUAUCAAUCAACACUUGAUAUAACUUGUGUAAUGAGUGUUUGAGUUGAAACAAAAUACGCAAAAACAUCGUCUUCCGAAAACAUGCUAAUCUGCGAUAAUGGGACCUUGGAAUUCAUGCGGCGAGCCGUCUACGUAAACAUUCCUUGUAUAACCCAGCAUAUCACCGGCUCAAGAGGCGACAACAACGGUGUGAACUGGACAGCUGAAGCAGUGAUGCCUUCGCAUGCUCUGAAUAUCACCUGCUCUAAUAAGCGUUUAUUGAGGAGAAUUGCAGGAGUUUUCUACGUGGCAGUCACAAUUGUAAUAGUCACCGUUUGUCUCCGUGAUUGGUCCCAGACCUGGAGAAUUGUUUCAUCUCCUCCAGCGAGGCAGCCACAUUCGUUAAAUGUCUACAGUGAGGUACGGCUUUUAAAGAAACCGACAAGGGCAAGUGUGGAGAAGACAGGGGCAACAGUAACAAAAAAUACAGAAAUUAUAGAGAGUUCGCCCGUGGAUUUAGAAAGCACUCACAGCACAGUCAGUGCAUCCACAAUCGAGGACCGACUUCCUUUUGAGCAUAAAACAACUCUCACCUCCACAACAAAAUGCAGUCAGCAUUAUUUUCUUCUUAUUCUUGUCUCUUCUUCUCCAGCGUAUUUCGACAGACGUAGAACAAUACGACAAACAUGGGCUGUUGAUAACUCCAUCAACACACGUUGGAAGACAGUGUUUUUGCUCGGCCAGUCCCGAGACAAAAAUCACUCAGAGCUCCUUCAACGCGAAGGUGCGUUUUACGGCGAUCUCGUGCGUGCGAACUACUACGAACACUAUUGGAACCAAACGCUUAAGAUUGAGAUGGGUUUUGAGUGGGCAGCUAGGUAUUGUAGCUUUCAGUUUUUGCUCAAAGCGGAUGAUGAUGUUUUUAUCAAUCCACCGGCCGUCAUCGCUAUCCUAAACAGAGCAACGACUCCAAAAGACAAACUUUAUAUGGGAUUUGUGUAUAGAAAUCCUUUGGUCAAAAGAACCGGGAAAUGGUCGUUAACUCGAGAGGAGUACAAAACAACACAUUAUCCUGACUUUUGCGCCGGGCCAGGUUAUAUUUUAUCAUCCGACGUUGUGACUUUGUUUGUCAGUAUUUUUGGUGGCAUUCCGCGGUUUAAAUUUGAUGAUGUUUAUGUCGGGAUGCUCGCCGCAAAGAUGGGGCUUAAUGCCGUUCAUGACAGGGGGUUCCAAACACCGCCAUACUUACCUAAAACGUGUGUUUUAGAUGACAACACUUUAGUCCGACAUGGAGCCGUGGGGCAGUGUUUGACUGACCUUUUCCAAAAGUCUCAAAUCAAAGGAAUGUCACCCUAACUAAUGGAUUUAUCCUGAUCAGUUAUGUUCUUAAUGAUCGCUAACAACCUUUGACAUGGAUAGACUGCGAUUAAGCGUCACGACUACAGAAAAAAGCGUGGUUUUCCUUGUUGAAACGACGCCUGUAAACGGCACUGGCGAAGGUUCAAAGGAAGAACAAGCGGCGCGGUUUAUUUCAGAAACUACGAAACACACUCCCAGGAGUUCGUGUCUGAUUUUACUCUCGAGUUAGGGUUAAUCCGUGCCGGUCGAUAUUGACAGGUAAUCUAUUUUGAGCCCAUUGGCUGUUUCUUUCAGGUAAGACCAGACUUCACUAUCAAAUUGUGCUUUGAAUAGCAUGCAAUUUAGAUAAGAAGUUGCCGGGUGGGGGCACAUUUACUCCUGUUGCGCCAGUAAGGCAGACACUGAUCUUUGUUUAAUGUGAUUGCUACUUAUCUUAAAACGUUGUUUGCGUGCGAUAAAAAUGGUGUUAUUAUGAUCAAUUAAUGACAUUUCUGAAUCCUACAUUACCUUAAUCGUCUCUUUCUAUGUGGAAAGAACGUCAAUUGCACAACUAAUGAACCAAUUUUGUGACUUCCGUUCGAUACCCGUAGGGAAUCUAGAAACAAUCUUGUUGGUAUACGUUGGAUCAAAUUACUGAUCUGAACAGCGAAAAGCGAUAAAAUAAAGAAAAUUAAUUAUAUUACACCAAUUUCAAACAAUUUUUACGAACGUGAACAUGCAAUUCUUUGAAUUAAAGUUACCUAUAAGAUUGUUAACUACCAAAAUACCAAUUGACAAAAAAUAGUAUUCAAUACGACCUUGAAUAUGCCGUCUCAGGGACAGUUCCGCAGGCACACCACUAACUCCCCCCUACUCCCUCCCCCUGAGUAACAGGUCGUCUUUGAUAUAUUUAUCCUGUCUUGCCCUGUUGCUAUCUAUUUUUACACUUAAAAUGGCACCUCCUUGAAUAGGAGGUCACGAAAUCUCCAUUCUGACUAACUUGGCUUAUGAGAGCUUGCCGGGAUUUUCUCUAAAUAUAACUCAUAACGUUUUUCUGUAGAUUUAGAAUCCUCUACUGAAAAUCUUGAUGGUGUCCUGCUCCCUCCAAAUACCUAUGAAUUUCAUAAUCACGGAUAUCCCCUAUUUUCCAACCCCCCACAUAGAAGACGUGACGUAAUCUAAUUACGACCGAACUAUUUGAGACAUGGGCAAAUAAAACAAAAUUGGUCAUAAAUAAAGCAUUGUUUUGAAAAAUGGAGACGCGUUGAAAUAAAGGAUGUUAUGCUUAAGCAA